GCUACGGGAACCAUUUCCAAAACACCAGGAUGUGGCUCAACGAUUGGCUGCAUCUCCGACUGCCAAGGUACCACCUGUGGAUUCAUUGUGACAUGGAUCCCAUCGGGAAAUGAAGUAACCUACACAUUGGCUACAAAUUUAGUAGGAAGCUCCGGAACCUGGAUUGCCAUUGGAUUUUCAUCUGACAGCGAUAUG